AUGACUACCAAAAUCGCCAUAUCUUUAUUUUUGGUGGCUUGCCCACUUGCUCUCUCCGCGCCUCUGGCUGGUAGUGGCUCAGGGCUCCGCCUCAUCAAGACCUCCGAAGCUGAUGUCGGCCAAUGGGUGACUGAACAAGACAAGUUCGACAGAUUCAUCUCAAAGAAUAUAGGGUUUAUCGACAUUACUGAGAUCAAGGACGAUGAAGUGCUAUCUAUUCUAUCCACUCCAUCUUCAGAAGCAUCCCUCUCUACCCGUGCGGUUACAUAUCCGACCAAGGUCGAGCACGUAGAAGAGGCACAGUCAUUCAUUGCCAACGUGUCCAUCAGUGGUCCACAAAGCUGGUUAACCACAUUUACGCAGUUUACUACGCGACAUUACCGUUCGACUACUGGCACUCAAGCCUCAGCCUGGCUUUUCGACCAGGUCUCCAGCAUUGCAUCUGUAAGACCGGAAAUCACUGUGCAGAGAUUCAAUCACACAUGGAAUCAGCCCUCUAUUAUUGCUCGCCUGCCGGGCCAAAGCUCCAACCUAAGUAAGUUUGCUGUCUUCCAACACUUUGGUGCAUUAUGCACUGACGGACUUCGAGUUAUUGUGGGAGCCCAUAUGGACUCUACCGCUGGCUCUACUACGGCCCGCAGUCCUGGCGCAGAUGACAACGGCUCAGGAUCUGUUACUAUCUUGGAGGCCCUACGUGUCAUUGCCCAUUCGGAUUUUACCCCGAAGAACACUAUUGAGUUUCACUGGUACAGUGGCGAGGAGGGAGGUCUCCUUGGCUCCCAGGCGAUCUUUUCAAACUAUAAAUCCACUCAAAAGAGUGUGCUUGCCAUGCUCAAUCAAGACAUGACUGGAUACUCGCCGAGUAACAAGAUAGCUGUGUAUACUGACAACGUUGAUGCGUCCCUAACUCAGUACGUUAAGGUAAUUGCGACUCAAUACACUGGUGCUGCUCCCCUGACCACUAGAUGUGGCUAUGGCUGCUCCGACCACGCCAGCGCUCGAUCCAACGGUUUCCCAUCCGCUUUCGUCAAUGAAGACAUAUUCGAAAAGACCAACCAAAACAUUCAUUCUGCAGCAGAUUCUCUUGAGAAGAUCCAGUGGCCAGCUAUCCUGCGGCAUGCCAAGUUUACAGUCGGGUUCAUUGUGGAGGCGUCUUACCUUUAA